AUGGGUGUGUCGGAGCUGCGCGCGGUCGCUGAAGCGCGCCAGCACGUUCUGGAUGGCUCCUCUUACACAAUAUCGCAGCUGCCACCAGCCCUCCUCGAGCGCGCUCGUCGAUUGGCAGACGAACACACCAAAUUGACCAAAGAGUUAGAGCAGGACUUCGACCCUAAGAAAGCGAAGCGCGCCGGCGAGAUCUCACGGAUUGCCGAGGCCCUGAAGCAGUUCGAAAAAGCUAAGGCUGCUCUGGGAGAACUACAAGGCCUACUUCAAUCAGACGACCGAGAACUGCGAGAAUUGGCCGAAGAUGACCUCGAGGCGACCAAUGCCCAGCUCGCCGAGUCAACGCACAACCUGUCAGCCGCCUUGACCCCAAAACAUCCCUUCGCCGAUAUGCCCUGCCUGAUCGAAUUUGUGCCCGGGCCAGGCGGUACGGAGGGACGUUUCUUCGCGGAUACGCUCUUUAAAAUGUACAAGGCCUACUGCACCAACAAGGGCUACCGGCAUCGGGUAGUCAAGUACGAAGCCUCAGAUAGCGACGGGCAGACCAGCUCCGAGGGCGAGAUUGCACUACAAGAAGCAGUUUUGGAAGUCCAAGAGCCUGGCGCAUACGCCAUCUUCCGCGGCGAAGCUGGCAUGCACCGGGUACAGCGCGUGCCAGACACAGAAAAAAGUGGACGCACCCAUACCAGCGCCGUAGCUGUCUGGGUGCUGCCGUCCUUCCCCGAAAACACCACCUCCGAACAAGAAGCCGACUGGGACAACCCCGAAAGCGACUUCUACGUCAAUCCGGCCGAGGUCAAGGUCGAAGUGAUGCGUGCCCGCGGCGCAGGUGGGCAGCACGUCAACAAGACGGAGUCGGCCGUCCGCUUGACUCACAUCCCAACCGGCACGACGGUCAGCAUGCAAGACUCGCGGUCGCAGCAGCGUAACCGCGACGUGGCCUGGCGACUACUGCGGUCACGGCUCGCACAGAAGCGGCGUGAGGCCCGAGAGGAGCAGGCCCGGCAGCUGCGCGACAGCGUGCUGGCGAGGAGUCAGAUCACACGCGGCGACAAGAUCCGCACGUAUAACUACCAGCAGGACCGCUGCACUGAUCAUCGGAGUGCACUGGAUGCUCAUAACCUACCUGAUGUCCUUCGUGGCGGUGAAACCCUGGAUAAGAUCAUCCAGAGUGUGCAUGUCUGGUUGGUCAACCAGGAUAUUCAGGCGCUCAUUGCUGAGGAAGAGGCGGCGGCUUCCAAGGCUGCUAAGGCGAAUAAGAAGUCGGGCAAAUAG